CGCGCCGCCCCGGGCCGCCGCCGCCGCUCCGCGCGGCCGAACAAACUUGUUCACCUUGGAGCUACAAAUAUUGAUUUGAGAUUGGCGCUCAUCCCCCACUGUUCCCACGCAAGCAAGGACCAGAAAAAUGAAUAUCCAGGGGAAAGGCUUCCCCUUGGACCUUGGAGGAAGCUUCACUGAAGAUGCUCCAAGGCCACCGGUUCCUGGUGAGGAGGGGGAGCUCGUGUCCACAGACCCAAGGCCAGUUAGCCAUGGUUUCUACUCUGGUAAAAGUGAUGUGGUCAGAAGUGAGACGUCCACAGCGACACCGAGGCGCUCUGAUUUGGAUUUGGGGUACGAGCCCGAGGGGAGUGCUUCGCCAACUCCACCCUACCUGAAGUGGGCCGAGUCACUGCACUCCUUGCUGGAUGAUCAAGAUGGAAUCAACCUCUUCAGGACUUUCCUAAAACAGGAGGACUGUGCAGAUCUGCUGGACUUUUGGUUUGCGUGCAGUGGCUUCAGGAAGCUGGAGCCGUGUGUCUCUAAUGAGGAAAAAAGACUCAAGCUGGCAAAAGCCAUUUACAAAAAAUACAUCCUCGACAACAAUGGCAUUGUGUCCCGGCAGAUCAAACCGGCCACAAAAAGCUUCAUCAAAGACUGUGUCAUGAAACUGCAGAUUGACCCUGACAUGUUUGACCAGGCCCAAACAGAGAUUCAGUGCAUGAUAGAAGACAAUACCUACCCUUUGUUCCUUAAGUCGGAUAUUUAUUUGGAAUACACAAGGACAGGUGGGGAAAGUCCAAAAAUUUAUAGUGAUCCGAGCUCAGGGUCUGGGACAGGUAAAGGGCUACCUGGUUAUCUGCCAACUCUGAAUGAGGAUGAGGAGUGGAAGUGUGACCAAGAGGCCGAGCCCGAGGCCAGCAGGGACUCGGCGCCUUCCAGCAGGCUCACGCAGAAGCUGCUUCUGGAGACGGCCACGCAACGCGCGGCCCCGGCCCGGCGCUACAGCGAGGGCAGGGAGUUCAGGCAUGGGUCAUGGAGAGAGCCUGUUAACCCCUACUAUGUCAACACGGGCUAUGCUUUGGCACCAGCCACCAGUGCCAACGACAGCGAGCAGCAGAGCAUGUCCAGCGAUGCCGACACCAUGUCACUGACAGACAGCAGCGUAGAUGGGAUCCCACCGUACAGACUCCGAAAGCAGCAUCGCAGAGAGAUGCAAGAAAGUGCCAAAGCAAAUGGACGCGUGCCACUACCUCACAUUCCUCGUACCUACCGAAUGCCAAAGGAUAUCCACGUGGAACCAGAGAAGUUUGCUGCAGAGCUGAUCAACCGUUUGGAGGAAGUACAGAAGGAACGUGAAGCAGAGGAGAAGUUAGAGGAGCGCCUUAAACGCGUUCGAGCGGAAGAAGAAGGUGAGGAUGCAGAUAUCUCUUCUGGUCCCUCAGUCUUGAGCCACAAGAUGCCUUCUGCCCAGGCCUUCCACCACUUUGCUCCUCGUUAUGCUGAGAUGGGCUGUGCUGGGAUGCAGAUGAGAGAUGCCCAUGAAGAAAACCCCGAAAGCAUCCUGGAUGAACAUGUGCAGCGUGUGAUGAAAACUCCAGGCUGCCAAUCUCCAGGACCUGGCCGUCACUCUCCUAAGCCACGCUCCCCAGAAAGCGGCCACUUAGGAAAGCUGUCAGGGACACUAGGAACAAUUCCUCCAGGGCAUGGCAAGCACGCAACAAAAUCAGGAAUGAAACUGGAUGCAGCUAACUUAUACCACCAUAAACAUGUCUACCACCACAUCCAUCACCACAGCAUGAUGAAACCAAAAGAGCAGAUCGAGGCUGAGGCCACGCAGCGAGUGCAGAACAGCUUUGCUUGGAAUGUAGAUUCACAUAACUAUGCAACAAAGUCACGAAACUACAGUGAAAACUUGGGCAUGGCCCCUGUCCCCAUGGACUCUUUAGGCUACAGUGGGAAAGCAAGUCUGCUCUCAAAAAGGAAUGUGAAGAAGACUGAUUCAGGGAAAAGUGAUGGUGCCAACUAUGAGAUGCCAGGAUCUCCUGAAGACGUGGAGAAAAACCAGAAGAUCCUUCAGUGGAUCAUAGAAGGAGAGAAGGAGAUCAGCAGGCAUAAGAAAACAAACCAUGGCUCUUCAGGUGCUAAGAAGCAGCUGUCCCACGACAUGGUCCGGCCCCUCUCCAUCGAGCGACCUGUGACGGUGCACCCGUGGGUCAGCGCCCAGCUCCGAAACGUCGUCCAGCCUUCUCACCCCUUCAUUCAAGAUCCUACCAUGCCCCCCAACCCAGCCCCCAACCCUCUCACCCAGCUGGAAGAAGCUCGCAGGAGGUUGGAAGAGGAAGAAAAAAGGGCUGGAAAACUCCCCCUUAAGCAAAGCAGGUUGAAGCCCCAGAAGAGGCCGGGCAGCGGCGCGUCGCAGCCCUGCGAGAACAUCGUGGUCGCGUAUUACUUCUGCGGGGAGCCCAUCCCCUACCGCACCCUCGUCAAGGGGCGCGUGGUGACGCUGGGACAGUUCAAGGAGCUGCUGACCAAGAAAGGGAACUACAGGUAUUACUUCAAGAAAGUGAGCGAUGAGUUUGACUGUGGUGUGGUCUUCGAGGAGGUGCGGGAGGACGACACCAUCCUGCCCAUCUUCGAAGAAAAGAUCAUUGGGAAGGUGGAGAAGAUUGAUUAGGCUCCAGGACUGUGAAGGACUCUGGGACCGGAGGAGAAGGCCUGGGUGCUGCCCACCCUGGCCAUGCUGCCACCACGGGCACCAGGCAAGCCCAGGGCAGAGGGCAGCAGCUCCGCUUUCCAGCACGGACCUGGGCAAGCUCCAGGAUGCCGGUGGAUGCCCUUUCACCCCACAAACCUGCCAGUGGGAGCCUGGGCUCCCUCUCCAUACCGAAUAUAAGUGUAAUGUAGCAUUGUACAGUGCAUUAGAAAGUGUAAUAUGACCUUGUUUACUAAAGCUGCAUAUUUUUGAUAUAUUGUAAUAAAAGGAAAAUAUUUCCAAUGUCACAGUGCUCUUAUGUAAAUGUAAAACAUACAGGUACUGCAGAACUCACCCAAAGUGUACAGCCAUCCGUCAGACUCCAGCUGCUCCGCACUUUCCCGGCACCCUGCCCCAUUUUCCCGGCAUGGAUGGCUCUGGAGCGCCAGGGGGUACAGCUGCCCUCACCCCACCAGCCUGGAAGGGGUGACCCCGCUCCAAAGGGGCUGUGAAGAUCGUUGAGCCAUUUGGAAGGAGUCAUCUGUGGCCUCCUUGGCUGGCUCAGCUGCUGGACAUGGUAGGAUGGGUGUUUUUUUCUCCUCCUGAGCUUCCUUGCGACCGAGUAAAUCCCCGAGGGAUAGAAGGGUCAGUGCCUGUUGGGACUGGGGGCUUCCCACAGAGCCAGGGUGGCAGGUUGGGUGCUGGCAUCCCACAGCCUGCACAUUCCUGUGUCCCCAUGGAGAAGGGGAACCUCCCAGGAAGGUGCUGCAGUUCUGCAGAGGGCUGGCUCCUGUGUGCCUGGUGCAGACAUGCCCAUACCCGUGACUCCUGCAUCUUUUGUCAGCUUCUGUGUCUCAGGGGAGGCAGCAGGAGGGCGCUGCACCAGGAGGGGCGUUGAUGCCAGUUUGUGGCUCAUGCAGGGCCAGCAGGCAGCCCUGGGAAGCCUCCUGGGCUUACUCGGCCACAAGGAAGCUGGAGCUGUGCCGGUGCUCCCCCCAUCCUGCUCUCAGCCAGCCCAGGCCCUGCUGCUCCAGCACAGCCACGGCUCUGUGCCAGCUCCUUUAGAGACCCCUUGCCCACCCACAGAAACAGGGGUGGCCCCAAAGCCCAGGGGAUCCCCAGUGGUGCUGGCCCUGCUCAGAGCCAUCCCCAGCCCCAGCAGUGGUGGAGCUGCCGGGAGCCCAUGGCACCGCGCCGGGAUCGACUCCGCCUGUUGUACAUGUCACCCAGUGCCUUUAAAACACCGUUCUGGACUUGCCCAAUACACUUUGUGAAGUCCAGCAAAAUCUGCAAAUGUUUUCAGCCCGGGAACAGUGUUACAAGGGGUUUUGCUCCUUGUUUUUUGAAGUUCUGAUGGUGGUGUGUCUGGUGAGGUUGUUGGCGUGCCCGGGAUUUCCGUCUCCCCCUUUUUUUUUCGGGGGUCCCUGUAAAUAUGUACAGCGGCCGUGCAGCCCCAGCAUUUCCUCUGCAUUCUCAUGUGCUGACUUGUACAAUGAUCUUUUCAAAGGUACUUGGAUAAAAUUAAAUAAAACCCCACAUCCCA